AUGUCCUUCCAAGAUAAGACUCAGCACCAAAUCUCACAGCUCGACAAGGAGCUGUCCAAGUAUCCUCUUCUCAACAACUUUGAGAAGCAGACCAAUGUCCCCAAGGUCUAUGCUUUCCUCGGACUUGUUGGCCUCUACUUCUUCCUGGUCUUUUUCAACAUUGGAGGCGAGUUCCUAGUCAAUUUCGCCGGUUUCGUUAUUCCGGGAUACUACUCUCUUGAGGCGCUGUUCAGUGCAACCAAGGUUGAUGAUACCCAAUGGUUGACAUACUGGGUUGUCUAUGCCUUCCUUACCGUCUUUGAGAGCCUGAUCAACGCUGUCUACUGGUUCCCAUUCUACUACGUCUUCAAAUUCGUCCUGAUCCUUUGGAUGUCCCUUCCUGUCACUAAUGGUGCCCAAAUCGUCUUCCGAUCCUUCAUCCAACCUGUCUUCUCUCGAUUCUUCAGCCAAACCGGUAGCGCGGCGGCAGAUGUUCGAGGCAAAGCUGACGCUGCUUUGAAAAGCCAGUAA